AUGCCAGGGUUCAAUGUGAAGUUGGACUGCAAGCCCGAUCGAAAUGUGGUGUAUCCCGGCGAUUACGGCUUUCCUAAUGCAUUGGAUGAUAAUGCAAUCGAAAAAGACUGCUUCGACGACUUAGUGACUCAUCGAGAAGUUUUGAUGAUGCGAGUGAUGAACACCAUUACCGAUAAGCCCCAAUGGGAUCAGAAGGUCUUUGAUGAUGAUAUCACGACAAAAUGGCGCAACGAGAUUGCCCAAAGUGGUCAAGAUGUGACUCCCACGGUGAUGGACUGGAUCAUAAAGGAGCUUCAAUGGAAAGCCAACAUUCUUAAAGAGACGGGUUACGUCCGCGUCUUUGAUGUGGGCGUGAUAAAGUCUGACACUGCUGUGUCGAAAGAGAUACAACAAUCACUGAAAGAGGCAGUAAAACCUCUCGAGGAUAUGCCGGAGAAAGAUUAUCACCCCGGGUCUGAUAACAAAGUAGUUGAUCUAGUACAUCCCUCACUGUUUCCCGUGAUCUACGGCAAAACUCGCGUGCUUCCGGACCGAGUCAUUGGCCUUGAUGACUGCAUAGGAAGCGUGGGACAAGGGGAUCUUGUCCCUGUUCCUUUGAGUGAAAAUUGUGGCCCACUUUUCUAUAGCCAACCUGACUAUGGCUCCAAUGACUAUGACACCGAUGAGCAAGUCCGUGUCUUCAGCGACAAGUUCCAAUGGCUCCCGUGCGAUGUUGAACUCGGCGAUGAUGCCAGCUGUCGAAUCGUGUCAUACAUCAAUAACGCCCACCCUAUUCAUCAUAAGCCUCUCUAUGAGGUCGUUGAGCAAAUUAUCGCUCGGGCAAUCCCACUCUGGAACCGCAGCCUGUCCAAAUUCAUCACUCCAAGAAUCGAGUACAGCAAGGUCGAAUAUGGUGAGCAUCCAGACCCUAAGCCUGUUCAGCCGGAGGGGGAUGGUUACGACACAGAUGCGUUCUGGGAACUCUAUGAGGAGUGGGAGAGUACCCAUCCUAUUAUUCCUCCUGAGCCAGCCAGCUUUGAACCUCGAAAUGAAACAUAUAGUGCUGAUCUACGCGAGCAAUUUCCCGACAAGAAGUUGCAGAUCAUCGUGAAGCUGGCGAACAUUGAGUUGAGCCAGGACAACCCUGAGUACGAAGGAGGCUCUUGGCACAUUGAGGGACAGUUGAACGAGCGCAUCUGCGCCACCGCAAUCUACUACUAUGACAGUGAAAAUAUAACUGAUAACACCUUGGCAUUUCGUCAACGUGGUAUGAUGGACAUGCUAGAGAUUUCAUACUCCCAAGGGCAGUUCAAAUUCUUACAAGAUGUCUUUGGUUUUGGCGAUGAUAUCGACGGCAGCGGGACCAAUCGUGAUAUCACACAAGACCUUGGGGCUGUCGCUUGCAAAGAAGGUCGGCUACUCACCUUCCCAAACACCGUCCAGCAUUGUGUUUCCCCAUUCUCGCUAGUCGACCCGUCUAAGCCCGGUCAUCGUAAGAUUCUCGCGCUAUUCUUAGUUGAUCCCCAUCGUCGGAUUAUCUCCUCGGCAAAUGUACCUCCGCAGCAAGAGGACUGGGGCCACGAGAGACAGAAUGCUGUGAAUCAGGCCUUGGCAUGUCUGCCAGUGGAGCUGCAGAAUAUCGUUCAAAAUGACUUGGAGCCUAUGAUGACCAUGGAGAAGGCCAAAGAGUACCGAUUGGAGCUCAUGAAAGAGCGUGGGUACAGAUCGGGAAAAUAUAAUGAGAACUUUGAGACUGGUGAUUUCCGUCUAUGUGAGCAUUAA